AUACGUUUUUAAAACGUCAAUGUUACGUUCAUUCUUAUAUGAUUUUUAAUAAUUGUGUUGAUUCUAUGAUAAAUAAAUUGUCUUUUAAUAUGUUCGUAAUAUCUAAUUCGUACCGAAAAGUACAUUUUUGCAGAAUGUUACUCAUGGCAUACAAUUUAUAACUGUUUUUCGGAAUAAACAUGUAGGUUAUUUUGAAUAUUUGUCAUAAAGAAUAGUUCAUAUGUUAAUAUAUAUUACAAUAACACGAUAAGUUAUAUAAUCGUAAAACAAAAUAUCAAAAUUAUAAUAACAAUCAUGUUAAAAUUUAAUCGAUGUAACAAGAAAUUGAAGCACAUAUACUGCAUUCCUUAUUGGGAAUUUAUGCAGAUAAAAAGAUUCACACAUCAACGUGAUAUAAAGAAAUGGUAUCAAACGUUAGAAGUUGCAGAAGAUUGUGAAGAUGAGACACUAAGAUUAGCAUUUGUUUAUCAAGCAAAGAGAUUCCAUCCAGACAGUGGUACAUCAGAAGCUAAUGCAGCCAAGUUUUCUGAGAUUGAAACUGCUUAUAGACAGAUUCGUAAAGCAAGAAUAAAAGAUAAAGAAAAGAGCACGAACUUACCUGAAGUGGAAGAAUUUGAUAUUAAACAUACAGCUCCACAGCAUCGUCAUUAUUUAGUUUAUAACAUAGGAAUUGGAACACAUAGCAAAAGACAAAAGUUAUAUGCAAUAGAAAGAGCUCAAAAGGCGGUUGACAAUGUAUUAGAACAUAGAUUAAAAAAAUUACAAGCUGAAGAACGUAAUACAUUAGUUGGAAUGGAUAAACAACGUGCCAAAGAUAUUAAAACACGUUUUGGUAUGGAUCGUUUAGUAGAAGAUUUAAUUCAAGAAGCAAUGAAUAAAGGUGAAUUUAAAGAUCUACCAGGCAUGGGUAAACCAUUGAAAGAAAAUACAAAUACUCGAAGUCCAUAUGUUGAUUUUGUUACUUACAAAUUAAAUGAGAUACUAAUAGAAAAUGGAUUUACUCCAGAAUGGAUACAAUUAUCUAAAGAAAUAAGAGAAGAAAUACAACAUUUACGGAAACAAUUAAUAAACGCCCGUAAUAAUGUGGGAGAUCUUCCAUUAAAUUACACAGAUGAAGAAACUUGGAGGAACAUUGUAGAAAAUUUUAGGUCUGAAACAAAACGAAUAAAUAGUAAAAUCGAUAAGUAUAAUUUAUUAGUACCUAUACUUCAGAAACAAAUGCUUCAUACUAAAUUAGAAGAUCUUGCAAACGAGGCACUUUCAACACCACCACAAAAAACAAUUAAAAUAGAUAAUUCAAUAAAAGUACAUUCUAAUGCUCCUAUCAAAGAGGAAGACACUUUAUUUGGAAUGAUAUUUUCAAUUUUUAAAUAAGAAAGUAUCAUAGAAAACAUA